GUGUCACCUCUGCAACGGAGGUAGUUAUGCAGAACCGUUGUAGCUUUUAUGACUUUGUUUACUGUAUCAACCUUGCAAGUCAAUGGCCGAAAGUACACCCGCCAUCUUUGUGCUAAUAUACCGAACGCAUUUUCCACAACUCUCCUGCAACGGCAAAGGCGAUAAUUAUAUACACGCAUUUCAGGUGUGAGUCUUUUGUCACGUGGAAAAGGGCGAAGUAAAAAUCGCUUAAGAGGAAAUGCCUCAUCUCCCACUAUAACAUAUGGUAGAUUGAUACCCAGCUCAACAAUUGGCUCAUCAGGCGGCAUUGCAAUACUGUAACUGCAGAUCCUUUGUCCAAGAGCACUAUCCAUAAAAAUACUGUUAUCACACUCUUUACCAUACGCACCAGAAUCUAUCGCUAUGAAUUUAUAGUCAGAAUCGACAAGUCCAAGUAGUACAAUUGAAUAAUAAUGAUUAUAAUUAUAAAAGCUAGAACCAGAGUGAGGGGGUGCUUGGAUUGCAACAUGUUUCCCGUCAAUUGCGCCUAUGCAGUGAGGGAAGUUCCAUCUUUCUUUGAAUCCUUUCUCAAUUUGUCGCCACAGAGCUUCAUUUGGUGUUGGCAUGAACUCUGGUUGCAAGCGUAGCCAUAAUGCAUCACUCACUUCUUCUACGAUAUUAGCAACUGUGCUUAUCCCAAUUCUGUAGCUGAAACUGAUUGUUGUAUAUGUAUCUCCAGUUGCCAGGAAUCUGAAAAAAAAAAAUUCAGAAAACUCUUUGAGACGUGAGUGGAAAAAACUAAAGGACUGUCACCGCCAAGCUGUACUUCGCCGAAAAACAACAACUGGGCAGGCAGCAAAAAAGAUUAAAAAAUGGAAAUACGAAGAUCAAAUGUCAUUUGUGCUUAAAACUAGCACGCAUAGACCGAGCGACUCUAACAUUCCCAUGCCGGAUGAAAUCGAGGAACAUUCGAAUCAUUGGGAACAGCAGAGAAAUUUAUCCGAGCAACAAGAUGACAUUGACGGGGAAAGUAUGGCCGAUGAUGCUGAAAACGCAAGUCAAAUUACUUCCACGGUAAAAGAACGAAGAAACCGAUCACUAAGAGGCGUUGACAAAGUGUUGGCUUAUAUGCAAAAUAAAGAAUGCAAUAAAAAAACUCGAGCUAAAAGCAUUCCUGAUGAUAUAAACUUAUUUUUUGCUAGUGCUGCCCAAUCGGUUCGGAAAUUACCCCGCCAAUUACAAAACAAAAUAAAAAUGGAUUUGUUAAGUAGCAUUUGUAGAGCGGAAGAGCAACAUGAAUGGAACUGUACCUCUGCUUGUGGGUCUACUUCACAGCAGUUGUUUGUUGCCACUCCAUCCCCCUCCACAAGUAUACAAUCACAACCAUUUUCAUCAGCUUCGCCUUCACCUACACUUCAGUCUCGACAGUCAACUGCUCCGAUCCCAGGAAACAAUGAGACAUCUCUUUCCCAGACUGGAUAUAUUUUAUCUUCACUCAAUGAUGACAUUUGUUAUAAUUAAUAUAUAAAAUAUUUAGUAAAUCCUUUAUGAGGUCUUUUUUUAGUAAGUCCUUUAUUACAGGCACCGUCUCUUUUCUUUCAUCCUGAGAGAUGAGUCCAUUUUUGUAGUCUCAAGUUCUUUAUUAUUUUGUACUUGAUUUAUAUAAUUAAAUAUUGAGGGGUGGCACCUCCUUCUGGGGGCCACCACCUCGUGUGCCGUAUUUUCCUCACAGUUUAAAACAGCUCGGUGCCUGUCGGCACAGUACUCCCUUUCCCGCAGGCGCUCAGCCUGUGGUUUAGGUGGGUGGCGUGCCGGCAGUCAUCGGUUGUGACUCAGAGGGAACGGACACACCAACAA